CACAUCCUUCUUGGCCCUUUAUCAAUUAGAUAACUAGAUUAGUUAGUCAAAGUUAGAGAAAGUAUGCAGACAACUGUUCAAAUGAAGUUUCUUACCUUACUUCUGACAUUGUCGCCGUUUCUUGUUUCGUCGCAGGUUUCAUCAUCUGCAACAGACACCCUGAACACCUCUCAAACAAUCAGAGAUGGCGGCGGAACCCUAAUUUCCUCCGGCGGGAUUUUCGAGCUGGGUUUCUUCAGCCCCGGAAAUUCCACCAAUCGCUACCUAGGCCUGUGGUACAAGAAUCUACCGGUUCAGACCGUCGUUUGGGUGGCAAACCGGGGAACCCCACUCGCCGGCAGAACCGGCGUUUUAAGGGUUAUCACUCCUCCAGGUAAUUUAGCUCUGUUCGACGGCGAAACUAACGGCACCGUUAUAUGGUCGUCGACGAAUUCCUCCAGGCAAGCUCGAAACCCCGUCGUGCAGCUGCUCGACAACGGAAACAUCAUCGUCAGGGAUGCAAAUGACGAAACUACCCUUCUCUGGCAGAGUUUCGAUCAUCCGUCGGACACGUACUUACAGGGUAUGCGAUUAGGUCGGAAUUUAGCGACGGGUUCGGAGACCUACUUCUUGUCCUGGAGAAGCAGCGACGACCCUUCCCCAGGUGUGUGUGAGUACAGUUUCCACCUGGACCCAACAGGUUAUCCGCAGAUACUCCUCAAACGAGGCGCAUCUGCGGUGGUGUUUAGAGUGGGGCCCUGGAUCUGGGGGGUUGGGUUCAGUGGGGCCGGAAACCCCAGAGCGGAUCCCACUUACAAGUUGACUUUUGUGAUGGACGAGAAUGAGGUCACCUACCGCGAGGACCCCGUCGACAAAUCGGUCGUUUCGCGGUUCACGAUAAGCCCCAACGGGGUCGCCCAGAGGUGGACCUGGGUCGACAGGAGGCAAGAGUGGGUGGUGUACAUGAACAUGCCGGGCGAUAUAUGCGAUACUUACGGGCUGUGCGGGCCCUACGGUAUUUGCCAGAUUGGGAACUCACCGUCGUGCGGGUGUUUGGACAGAUUCGUCCCUAGGGAUUGGGAGAGUUGGGUUGGAGCUGAUUGGUCGAGCGGAUGUGUGAGGAGGAAUAAUUUGAGUUGCGAGGGAGACGUGUUCUUGAAAUACUCGAGUGUAAAAUUGCCCGACGCUACGUAUUCGUGGUCUAAUAUGAGCAUGACGCUCGAUGAAUGCAGGGGCGAGUGCUUGAGGAAUUGUAAUUGUACGGCGUACACGCAGUUGGAUGUGAGUAAAGGCAGCGGGUGUUUGGUUUGGUACGAGGAUUUGGUCGACAUUCGAAGUUUUUCUCCCGAUGGACAGGAUAUUUACAUUAGAAUGGCUUCUUCUGAAUCGAGUUCUAAAAAAGGGAACAAAGUAGUUCUCAUAGUUAGCUUGACAUCGGUGAUCGGAGUAAUACUUAUUACGUGCCUAUUCAUCUUUCUACGCUUUCGAAAGACGAAGAAUGCUCGAAAGAUUGGAAAAGAAGGAAAUAUUAAUGGAAGCCGUGACACGGACUCGGAGCUACCGUUGUUCGAUUUAUCUGUAAUUUCGAAAGCUACUAAUAACUUCUCGUUGAACAAUAAGCUUGGAGAGGGUGGUUUCGGUCCUGUUUUUAAGGGCGUUUUGGAAGAGGGUCAAGAAAUUGCUGUGAAGCGAUUAUCGAAGGACUCGAUGCAAGGGCGUGAUGAGUUCGAAAACGAAGUCAUUUUUAUUGCAAAGCUUCAGCAUCGGAAUCUGGUACGGUUACUCGGAUGCUGCAUCGAAGGAGACGAAAAUAUGCUGAUUUAUGAAUACAUGUCCAACAAAAGCCUCGACGUUAUUUUAUUUGAUCCGAACAAAAGCACGUCGCUUAAUUGGGAAACGCGCUUCAGUAUAAUCAACGGAAUCGCUAGGGGACUAUUGUAUCUCCAUCAAGAUUCUCGAUUGAGGAUUAUCCAUCGAGACCUGAAAGCGAGCAAUGUUUUACUAGAUUCCGAAAUGAAUCCGAAGAUUUCCGAUUUUGGAAUGGCGAGGAGUUUCGGAGGGAACGAGACUCAAGCUAAGACACGUCGCGUUGUUGGAACAUAUGGUUACAUGGCCCCGGAGUAUGCAGUGGACGGACUAUUCUCCGUAAAAUCGGACGUGUUUAGCUUCGGCGUUCUAGUACUGGAAAUUGUGAGUGGCAAGAGAAACCGAGGAUUUUCCCACAAUGAUAGCAAUCUCAACCUUCUAGGACACGCGUGGACGCUUUAUAAAGAAGGGAGAUCAAUAGAUCUAUUGGACACUACGGUAGGGGACUCGUUUCACUCGGCGGAAGUGACGAGAUCGAUUCAUGUUGGUUUGUUGUGCGUGCAACAAAAUGUGGAAGAUAGGCCGAAUAUGUCGUCUGUGGUUUUGAUGUUGGGAAACGAAGGUGUGUUUGCUCAAGCAAAGCAACCCGGUUUCUUCACGGAGAGAGAUGUUCUUGCUGCUCGGAGCUCGACCAGCACGAAUGCACCGAAUUCGACGAAUGAUGUCACCAUCACAAUGCUGGUUUCAUCAGCUGCAACAGAUACCUUAAACACCUCUCAAACAAUCAGAGAUGGCGGCGGAACCCUAAUUUCUUCCGGCGGGAUUUUCGAGCUGGGUUUCUUCAGCCCUGGUAAUUCCACCAAUCGCUACCUAGGACUGUGGUACAAGAAUCUACCGGUUCAGACGAUCGUUUGGGUGGCGAACCGGGAAACUCCACUCGCCGGCAGAAACGGCGUUUUAAGGGUUAUCACUCCUCCAGGUAAUUUAGCUCUCUUCGACGGAGAAACUAGCGGCACCGUUAUUUGGUCGUCCAAUUCCUCACGGCCCGUUCAGAACCCCGUCGCCCAGCUGCUCGACGAUGGGAACAUCGUCGUCAGAGACGGCGGCGCCGGCGCCGCCGUCUGGCAGAGUUUCGACCAGCCGGGGGACACGUACUUACCGGGAAUGAGAGUCGGUCGGAAUUUUGCGACGGGUUUAGAAACCUACAUCUUCUCUUGGAAAAGCGCCGACGACCCUUCUCCAGGUGAGUACAGUUACCACCUCGAUCCAACCGGCUACCCGCAGGUAUUCAUCAGAAGGGGCGCAUCCGCGGCAUUGUAUAGAGCGGGGCCCUGGAUAUGGGGGGCCGGGUUCAGUGGGGCCGGCAACCCCAGAGAGGACCCCACCUACAAGUUGACUUUCGUGAUGGACGACAACGAGGUGACCUACCGCGAGGACGCCAUCGACCGGUCGGUCAUCUCGCGGUUCACGGUGAGCCCCACCGGGCUCGCCCAGAGAUGGACCUGGGUCGACCGGAGGCAGGAGUGGGUGGUGUACUUGAACUUGCCGGGCGAUAUAUGCGAUACUUACGGUCUCUGCGGGCCCUACGGUAUUUGCACUACCGGGAAUUCACCGUCGUGCGGGUGCUUGGACAGAUUUACCCCUAGGAAUUACGACAAUUGGGUUGGAGCUGAUUGGUCGGACGGUUGCGUGAGGAGGAGUAAUUUGAGUUGCCGGGGAGAUGUUUUCUUGAAAUACGAGCGUAUAAAAUUGCCCGACGCCACGUCUUCGUGGUCUAAUAUGAGCAUGACGCUCGAGGAAUGCAGGGUCGAGUGCUUGAGGAAUUGUAAUUGUACGGCGUACAUGCAGUUGGAUGUGACUAAGCGGAUUGGGUGCUUGGUUUGGUACGAGGAUUUGGUCGACAUUAGAAGCUUGUCUCCCGACGGACAGGAUAUAUACAUUCGAAUGGCUUCUUCCGAAUCGAGUUCUAAAGGAGGGAACAAAGUAGUUCUAAUUGUUAGUUUGGCAUCCGUGACGGGAGUAAUACUUAUUACAUGCUCGAUCGUCUUUCUAUUUAUUCGAAAGAGGAAGAAUGUUCGAAAGAUUGAAAAAGAAGGUACGAAAAACGAGCAGGUUUAAUUUGAUUGAUAUAUACGGA